UUUUUUUUUCCAUUUGUGAGCCUUUUCCGGCUCACAAUAUUAAUCGAAACAGUUUACAUUUUAGAGCCAGUUAAAAACAUUAUCCAUUUGGAAACAUCACAUCAGAUGUUUGAUAUGGUUUUUGAAAAGUAUUAGCCUUAAACGGGUUUUAAUCCCGUGUAGCACAACUUUUUUUUUUCUUACAAGAUUAAUCCAUUUCAAAACUAUACAAAAUGGUAUUCAAUCAAUGUAAUUUUUGACGUGACAAAUACUUUUGGCAAGAUGUAAAAAUUGAAAGGUUCCGAUUAUUAUUAAGGCCCGCAGAGAGGCAAAUCUGGACGCUUGAGGACUGGACAGGAGCCGCCCUUCCCUCAGGGCCAUGUAAAAUGAAGAAUUUGAAGUUUGAACAAGAAAUCCCACGCAUUUGUUGCCUUCAUCCGCUAGAAGAAGACAAUCCACGUCGAAGCAGCCGCGCAGUUUCUCCAUUUCUAUAUCUGCCCAUAACGUAUUCAUACGUUCAGCCGUAAUGUUCCUCUCAUCUCCUCCAUUUUUUGUAAAUAAUCUGUCCUUUUCCCGGUCAAUACCCGACGGCGACGAUUCAGCUAACUAAACCGCGUUUCUCUCUCCCCUCUUUUCUGUCUCUCUACUAUUCCGGAUCUACGUUAAUUCAUUCAAUCAUUAGAGAGCAGCUGUUCGCCAGUUCCUCCCCGUUCUAUUGAAUUUUCCGGGAAAUUUUUUCUCCGGCUGAUCAGUUUUUUAUUCAGAUAGGCUUGUUUCUUUGCGUAUGGAAGUGUGAUCACAGUCUCUGCUUUUUCCGGAGUUGUUUUGUGAAUGUUUGUUUGAGUCACCUAUGGCUGAUUAUAAUCCAGAGUCUGACUCCGAGAACUUCUUGAAGCAAUUCUGCAUUCCCAAUUACAUACUUGUUCCCGACUCAGAGAGAGAGUUUCUUCCAGAUGUACCAACAUGCCCAUUACUUGUGUUCAUCAACUCCAAAAGUGGUGGUCAGCUGGGUGGGGAUCUUCUUGUCACAUAUCGCUCUCUGCUAAACAAAAAUCAGGUUGUUGAUUUGCUGGAAGAGGCUCCCGAUACUGUGUUACGCAGACUGUAUCUCAAUCUAGAAAAGCUCAAGCUAAACGAUGAUGAAUUGAGCCCUAAGAUUCAGGAGAGAUUGAGAAUCAUUGUUGCAGGUGGGGAUGGAACAGCUGGAUGGCUUCUUGGAGUUGUUUCAGAUCUCAAAUUAUCUCCGCCACCACCAAUUGCCACAGUACCCCUCGGGACUGGAAACAACCUUCCAUUUUCUUUUGGUUGGGGCAAGAAGAAUCCUGGGACAGAUCGUCAUGCUGUGGAGUCAUUCUUGCGUCAAGUAACACAAGCCAAAGAAAUGAAAAUAGACAGUUGGCACAUUCUGAUGAGGAUGAGAGCUCCAGCUCAUGGUUCCUGUGAUCCUAUUGCCCCUCUUGAGUUGCCACAUUCUUUGCAUGCAUUCCAUCGGGUAGCUUCAACAGAUACACUCAACAUGGAAGGUUGCCACACUUUCCGUGGAGGGUUCUGGAACUACUUCAGCAUGGGUAUGGAUGCUCAAGUGUCCUAUGCCUUUCAUUCUGAGCGGAAGUCACAUCCAGAAAAAUUCAAAAACCAGUUGUCUAAUCAGAGUACUUAUGCGAAGCUUGGAUGUACACAAGGAUGGUUUUGUGCUUCUCUUACACAUCCUUCUUCAAGGAACAUAGCACAACUUGCAAAGGUUAAGAUCAUGAAAAAACAUGGUGAAUGGCUGGACCUUCCCAUAUCUCAGAGUAUCAGGUCCAUUGUGUGCCUUAACUUGCCUAGCUUCUCUGGUGGACUAAAUCCUUGGGGAACACCACAUACAAAGAAAAAGCGUGAUAGAGACUUGACUCCGCCAUUUGUGGAUGAUGGCCUUAUCGAGGUUGUUGGUUUUAGAGAUGCUUGGCAUGGGCUUGUUUUGUUUGCUCCAAAUGGACAUGGAACUCGACUUGCACAGGCACACCGGAUCCGGUUCGAAUUUCACAAGGGUGCAACUGACCACACUUUCAUGAGGAUUGAUGGGGAACCCUGGAAGCAACCCCUUCCAGCUGACGAUGACACUGUUGUGGUAGAAAUCUCUCAUCAUCGCCAGGUGACGAUGCUUGCCACCCAUGAUUGCAGAUCCAAAAGCAUACAUGACCCGUCUUCGCCUACCAGUAAUGAUUCCGAUGGAGAUAGUGAAGAAGACGCUGCAGGGGAAGAGUGGAGGAAGUUUGGGGCAGCGGACACUUUUAAGAUCCAAGACGAGGUCGACAUUUCUCACCUCAGUUGAAUUAGCCAUAAUCGUUAAUUAGUAUCUCUCAAUUAGUGGGAAAUUAUAUUCAUUUGUAGGAUAGAAUUCCAGUAGUAAUUGGACUUUGGCACUGCAUUAGUUCUCAGGAAAUGAUCCCGUGGUGGCCUUACAUAGUUCUCACCGGAUUACAUGGGGACAUCAGCGAGUAACCUAGUUCUUACUCGUAAUGAAUAAUGAUAAAAAUCAAGUUCUGGUUUA